CAGUGGUGAAUCAUUUAAGCAAGUUGUUUACACUAAGUGAAUGUAGUGUCUAAAUUUGUUCGUAAAUGUGACCGUGGUGAAGAAAAAAUGAAAGCGCACCUUCCUUUCAAAAUGCAUCUCCUGGAUUUACCAGGGACUGAUAUUAUUUUGAAAAUCAUAGGCUAUCUUUCACCGACGGACUGGUUGCAUUUUCGAAUUGUCUGUAAACAAACCUAUUUUCUAGUCCAUGAGUAUUUCAAAUAUAUGAAGUACCUCGAUGUUUCACAUCACCAAGUGUUUCCACAAUCCCUCUGUCAGAUUUUGCCUCUCCAAUGUCACAGUCUACAAUUUUUCAAAAUUUCAAAUUCCAAUGCAUUCAGUGAUGAAGCUAUAAAGAAUAUUCUCCAAAAUAAUCACAAUUUAACUCAUCUGGACCUAUCAAAUAGUAAUCUGAGGAAUGGAGCCCUCCAGCCACUGGUUGUUAAUUGCAAAAAAUUGGAAAAUAUCCUGCUGAAGAACUGCUUUUGGUUAACCAUAGGAGCUAUUGAAAUUUUAGCCUUUCAUUAUCCAGAAGCGAUCAAGGUAGUGGACUUUAGUGGCUGCACAGGGAUUAGUGAAGCAUCAAUUGUCUGUUUCAUUAAAAGACAACCAAAACUGAAAUCAUUGUCACUGAGUGAUCUAUCUUGCCUCCAAGACGAAACACUAAUUGUAAUUUCUCAGUCAUGCCCACAACUAAUCUACCUUGACAUAAGCAGAUGUUGCAGGAUCACAGAUUCUGGAAUCAAAAAAUUUGGCGAGUACUGUCACACAGUACGAACGCUGAAGGUGGAUGGUUGUCCAGAGGUCAGCGAGCGUGGUUUGUCCAGCUUGAGAUUACGUGGAGUCUGGAUCGACAAGGUACAAUAUCCUUCUUACUUAUUACAUCGUCUGAAUCAGAUUCAAACGUGGCCACGGACUCCGCUCUAAAUUUUUUCAGCAGAGACUUGCAUUCCUACCUUCAUGAGUAUUACUAUACCUUAAUUUUUGGUCAGAUGCAGUAUCUAUCGCGUGUAAUGUUCUUAUGAAAACGGAACUGACUAUCCUUAAGUUGUAAGUCGGACCACAAUGUUUCCUAUUUUUCUUGCCAAAUCAGGACAUUCCCGUGAACUAUCUGACCCCCCUUGCUCUUCGCCUUUCCUUUGUUAUUGGUCCCGUUCUCUGACACCAUAGGAGAUUAAAAAACUUUCAAUCUGUGUAAACCUAGCUAAAGCUUGAAUAGCAAGCUUUGUAUAGAUUACAUUUCGACUCUAUCAAGUCUGUAGAAAAUCCUCGAUACCUCUCCCUUCUACGACGAUUGCCUAAAUCGUGUUCGUUCUUUGUCCCUACCGUGAAAUCCCUUAAAGUUCAUUUUCGAUAUUGAAAAUAGGAAAAUGUUGGGCAGGUAGAUUAUUUUCUUUCUUAGGUUAACGUGUGUUAAUAAAAUAUCUAUUUGCGAAUUUGCCGGCGUUCGUGGGUAUCACUUAGAAUUGUAUUAUUGUAAAUGUUUGUUAACAGCUAGUUUUACUAUCCGACUCAUGUAAUGGCAAUCUGCAGUUGUUUGUGGCGUGCUUUUCAAAAACAGCAGGAUUUCCUAAAUAAGAUGGGGAAGGUAUUAGACAAUGACAGGCGAAAUUGGGUACCAUUGGAUUCUGUUGCUGUUUUAGACAGUUUGUUGUUAUUGUGACGUCGCGCAAAUGCUAUUUCCGGGCAAAAGUCCGUUUUGCCAGUAGAUGCGUAGAAAAAAUAGGAGAGGGGAAAGUAACUAAUCCAAUUAGGUUUGUUAGAAGUACGAAAGGUUCAAAUAGCGUGAAGCAUAGUUUGUCUUGGGGUUAUUGGCUGAGGAAUCUCUGUUUGUUGGUAGACAUUCUUAAGAGUAUUAAAUCAAGAAUGGACAAAAGACUCUAGAAGCGCUAAAAAAAAAGAAAUUUAAGGAAAGAGAAAAACCAUCAAAAAACAUGGAUUUCUCUUUCUUAACACCAUCAAAGCCAAAAUCGGAUCAAAGCUCCGGGAUUGAAUGGAAGGGAUAAUUGCCGCUUGCCCGAUAGUCCUGUUUUCCUC